GAUGCGGAACACAGAGGAGAGGGAGCGAGCGAGAUAGAGCGACAUAGAUCUUGCUUUGUCUAUCGAUCACGGGAUAAAAGCGAGGUGCGCCGUUUCCAUAAACGCAGCCUAAAGCUCGAAGCCGAGCAGUUGGAGGCGUUGGAGCUACAACGCGAUCAUUGACUUGGCUGUUUUUGGCGUCGCCUAGGUGUGCUUGCCGCAUCCGUUACGAUGGUUGUUUGUCCAUUAACUCCCGAGGUUCUCGAUCAGCUACGUGCAAAAUUUUAUGCUGAUAGUCGCAACGUAUUGGCACAGAAUGUCUGUACGAAAACGAAUCCUAUUGAGGCUUGUGCCUCAAGAAAAAUCCUGGAAGAGACCCACCAUGUCUUCACUCAUAAAAUUGAGACUGAGGGCAAGCCUGUAACUAAUCAGAAAAAUUCUGGAAGAUGCUGGCUGUUUGCCAUCCUAAACGUCAUGAGAACUAGCUUCAUGAAACAGCAUAAUCUAGACGAGUUUGAGUUUAGCCAAGCUUACCUAUUUUUCUGGGAUAAGAUAGAACGUUGCAAUUACUUCUUGCACAAUAUCGUAAACACUGCGAAGCGCGGUGAGGCAGUCGAGGGCCGUUUAGUCAAUUUCCUGUUGACCGAUCCUACCUGUGAUGGUGGCCAAUGGGACAUGAUUGUGAAUCUGAUAACUAGACACGGUGUUGUGCCGAAAACGUGUUUUCCGGAAUCAUACAGCUGUGAGUCUAGCGUUCGUAUGAAUAGCCUGCUGAAAAGCAAGCUGAGAGAAUAUGCCAAGGCUCUGCGAGACAUGAUCGACAACGGUGCGUCUGAUGAUGAGCUGAAGACACGAAUAAAUGAGCAGAUGACGGUAAUCUAUCGGAUAAUCGGCAUCUGUUUGGGUGUACCUUCUGAGAAGAUUACAUGGGAAUAUUAUGACAAGUCGAAGAAUUACAACUGCGUGGGUCCGAUCACGCCACUAGAGUUUUACGAGAAUUGCGUGAAACCAUAUUACAAUGUAAACGAUAAAGUAUGCCUGGUAACCGAUCCACGACCGGGCAAUCCUUAUGGGAAACUCUAUACCGUAGAUUGCCUGGGAAAUGUCGUGAGUGGGAAAACUACUCGCUACAAUAAUCAGCCAGUGGAAUUACUGAUGAAACUGUGCGCCGAGAGUAUCAAAGAUAACGAGCCUGUUUGGUUUGGUUGUGAUGUUAACAAAAGAUUAAUAGAUAAACAUGGUAUUCAUGAUAUAAACACUUACAAUUUCGAACUAAUGUUCGGCACCGACAUUCACCUUGGGCUUUCUAAAGCCGAUAGAUUGCUUUAUGGAGAUUCUAUGAUGGUACACGCAAUGGCAUUUACGGCUGUUUCAAUAGAUCGAGAAGGUAAAAUAAAGAAGUUCCGGAUAGAGAAUUCAUGGGGCGAGGAUCAUGGUCAAAAGGGUUACCAGGUUGUGACAACCGAGUGGUUCGCUAAUUUUGUCUUUGAGGCGGUCGUAGAUAAAAAAUACGUUCCUGCGGACGUGAUGGCUGUAUUCAAUCAGGAACCAAUCGUUUUACCUGCCUGGGAUCCUAUGGGCACGCUCGCUCAUUGAUGUUAAAGUGAUUUAACUAAAUGCGAUGGCAAGCCGUUUUAUUUUACAAAACAUUUCAAGCAUAA